ACUUUUCAGCCAAUCAAAAUUUAGCAUUUUCCGUCGUUACCUGUAAACAACAUGGCGAUGGAAACUAUGAAACUUCAAAGAGACCUAGAAUAAGAAAAGGAAUGUCAUCCACCUUCUGAUUAUGUGAAAAGUAAAAGUACCAUACUUGAGAUGCGAAAGAGUCAUAUCUAUUACCCAUUUGCUACACAUUACGAGUUAGGUAAAAUUGAUAACAACACCGCAUCCAAGUCUCAAGGAACAUCAAAACUGCCCCUUAUUGCAACAGCAACGCCCUCACAGGGCGUUGAAAGUCGUCUGUUUCCAGUCAUAACACAAAAGGACAAUAUGGGAGCUCUGAAAGUGGCCACAGAAAUUCUAGAUGGUGAUGACAGAGUAAAACUCCUGGAAACUAAACUUGGAGUCUCAGAAAAGUCAAACAGAACUUUAUUGGAAGAGGUUAUUAGAAUGCAAAAUGAUCUUCGCCUAAUGAUUAGACGAAAUGAAGAAAAUAUUAAGGAUGAACAGCUUUCUAGACAACAGAUUGAAAGCUCUCUGCACAUAGUGAAUGAUCUCAUUACAAAACUCUCUAUUAGAAUCAAAUCUGCUGAAGAUAAAAUUAUUGAAGAAAGAUCUGCAUUGACUUCAUUGAUAUCUCAUACCAAAGGUGUUGAACAAGCUGUAAUAGCUGGACAGCAGACCAUCACAGCAAAGAAGAAUUCUGAAACAACUAAAAUACAAGAAUUGAAUCUACAGCUUACAGAAAUACAAAGACAACGAGACCAACUAGAAAAAGUUACAUUUAACUUAACAGAAGAACUCAGGGCAUUAAAACUAAAAGUAGACAGUCAAAGUGUUGAGUUUACUAGUACAAUUAAUGAGCUAAAAUUGCGGUCAAGACGGCUGGAAGAUGAAAAUAAAAUUCAGAUGGAAGCAUUAAGAAAACAUGGAGAUUUAUAUAGUACCUCAGAAACUAGUACAACACAUUUACGGGGACAAGUUGAAUCAAGAUUAUCAGAGCUGCGAGAUGUAAUCAUGGAGUUAAGAACUAAACAGGAACAGGAAGUCAAUGAUAGAAGAAUGCUUGAGCAACAACUGCAACAGAGAAUAAGUGAACUACAGAGUUAUCUGUCUGAACAAAACCGUAAAAGAGAAGAAGCCUUGCACUCUAUGGACAUGAUGCAAAGAGAAAAAGAACGCUUGUCUGAAAAUGAAAAGUAUAAAAUUCAAGGUAAACUUUCAGAGACUGUGGAGGAAGUCAACAAAAAACUUCUAAAUAAAGAGAUCAAGUUAAGAGAAGAGCUACAAGAAAAAUAUCAGCAGUUAGAGAGGCUGAUUCACCAAGAGCAGCACUUGCGACAGAAGUAUGAAGAUGAAGAUGAUAGAAGGUGGCAAGGUAUUCGAAAGUUUCGAGAGGAUGAAAUUGCUGCUUUCAAAGAAACUUUACAAUCAGAGAGGCUGAAAAAUAAAGAGGCUUUUCAGAAGCUGGAUGAAUCUAUAAGUUUAAUAGGAAAACAGCUGAGUGAACAGAAGAAACAAACAGAUAAAGUUGUAGCUGCUGAAAUACAUUCUAGGAAAUUACAUGAACGAAGUACAACAGAAAAGCUAGAACAACUUAAUGAAAAACUUUCAUUGGCUGCAAGCUCAUUACAAACAGCUAUUGGAGGAGUCAACGGAAACUUUGCUUUUCACACUGACAAGUUAAGAGCUGAGCUAAAAUCACUAUUGGCAGCAUCAGAACAAUCAAAUGCCAGAGCAGUAACAGAACUUGAUGCUAGAGUUCAAAGUGUCAAGCAAAGAAUUAGUGCACUGGAACAACAACUAGAGGUGCAAAUAUCAGAGGCUCUUGCCAUUGUCACUUGUCCAGAGACUUUGGAAUUAAAUGAGGCUACAGCAAUCCUGGCACAAAACUUGAGAGAAAAGGUUGAAUCCAUCUCACUAUGGCAAGAGGUGACAAGCCAGACCAUCAGAGAACUGAACCAAAGUAUCCAAGGACUACCUAAUGAAAUAUAUGCUGUUGAGAAUAAACAAAGAGACUUUAAGUCAGAGAUAGAAACAAAGAUGCUAUCUGAAACAAAUGCAAGAAUGAGUGAAAUAGAAGUCUUGAAGCAUGAAAUAAAUUUACUUAAAACAAAGAAACAACCUCCAGUAGUUACUGCUGAUGACAUCCAAGAGAUUCAGUUGUCUAUUAGAAAACUAGCUGAAUCUGUGCAAACUGUCAAAACUGUGAUUGGAAUGAAACUACAAUCUGAACAAAAAACUUAUUUAUUAGGCCAUGAAACUCUUCAACUACAAAUCAAUAAGCUUGAGAAUAAAUUAAGAAAUGUCCAGCAAGGUGAUGACGAAUAUUCAAAGUUCAAUAAAGAAAAACUUGAAUAUAAUUGGAGGCAUGAUGUUACAGAAGAUAUUCCAUUAAAAUGGAAACUAAAACAGAAUAAAGAGGAAAAUGUAUCCAAACAAAGGCAAAGUGGAAGACAAGAAAAUGAAACAGAGGAAGCUGAUUGGAAUUUACUUAGUUCUAUUGCUUUUUCUCUUGAUGAAGAUAAAAUUAAUGACACGUCCAGAAUUCAGAAAUCAUAUGAUUUCCCUAACAAAAGUAAGAUACAAGAAAACAAAACAAAAGAAGAUGACGUGAAUAAAGAGGAAUAUGUUAACCAAGAAAAGCGAAAUGCUGAUUAUACAAGAGAAUUGACACUGAAAACUGAAGACAACCCUCGCCCAAUGUCUCAACAAUUAUCAGAGCAAGAUCAAAAUAACAAUAGCAAACUUUCUCCGCUCUAAUCCUAAAUGUCCUCUUUAGAAAGUAUUGCAUUGAGAGACAAGAAGAUAUAGAAAAGUUACAGGAUCAGCUUAUCAAACUCGAAAGAAAAGUUGAAACAUCUAAUUCAGAUCAAUCUAAUAGAGGAGACAGAAAUAGAGGUAGAGAUAAUGACAGAAACAAUGUAGACGAUGAC